GCGCGGCAGGCCUACCGGUGGAGCACCACACCUUCCGCCUGCAGGGCCUGCAAGAUGAUCAGCUGCCUUUCCACACGAGCUGGACUGCUUCAUUUAAACAAGUCGUGGGUCCAAGCUGAGUGCCUUCUUCAAAGACGUUUAAGAACAAGACACUUAAACAGGAUGCAAUAUCAUAAAUAUGCCAAUGAAAAAGAUGCAGGCAUUUUUUUAGAGACGCAUUAGCUGACACGGGUCAAUUAGGGCCUCCUAUGGGUACCCAGGGAGUGCUGUCUUGUUAAUGGAGAUCCUUGCUGAGUCUCUUUCUGAAGUUCCUUUCCAGAAGUGAAAUUAAAAUCGCGCAAUUAAAAUGUUCACAGUUGGGGCUGGAUGUUCUUGAACUGAUUGAAAGAUGAAGAAGUGGACACACCAACGUUUUGAAACAGCAAUUGUCUCUGUAAUUAAAUGCAAUUAACUGACAUAACUGUUUGCUUUACUCCGUGUAAAACUGAUUGAAAUGGCAAGACUUUAAAGAAUAUGCCCCCGUCUGUUUUCUCUUUCCAUCCUAAACAAAGUUCUCACCAACAUAUGAAGACCAACAAAGCUGUGUUGGCCAUAGAUGGACAUGAGGUCAUCCUAGAGAAGAUAGAAGACUGGAAUGUGGUGGAACUCGUGGUGAAUGAAGAAGUCAUCUUCCACUGCAACAUUAAGGACUUCGAGUUCGGAGGCGAUGGUAAACUAGACCCACUGUGUGAAAAGGCCAGGAUAGCCGUGCUGAAUGCCUACUGAUCUCCUCAUGGAACAGGCAUCUCAAGUCGGCACAAUAGCAGCUGCCCCAGCCAUUCUACGAUGCAGGCAGAAGUGGCUGUGCCACGGUGUGGACACUGGGCUCAACUAGUCAGAACAGGGCAACUCGGGCCUGACCUCCCGCUUACACAGCCUCAGGAUUCUCACCUGGCUGCACAGGAGCCCACAGAAAUAAUAAAAACCACAUCAUUUAUAA